AAAACUUUAUCGAGAUUCUUAACCUCGACAAAUUUUUCGAGUUUUUAAGUAAAUUUUUAUCCAAAUAAUUUUUGUUGUAAAUCUCAUUUCAUUUUUUAUAAACGUUAUCACAUUAAUAGAAAAAUAUAAUGUAAAGUUGAGUACUAAAUGUAGAACCAAAUUCGACUAUUAUAAUAUUGCGUGAUAUUGCUAUUACUGAUUUUAUUAUAACUUACUUAUCAGUGGUACAAUAAGAGGGUUUACACGAUGCCAAAAAAAUUUGCUGGUGAAAACAGUAAAGCGGCUGCAAGUAGAGCUCGUAAAGCCGCAGCUAAAGAGGAGGAAACAAUCAAAAAACAAAAAGCCAUUGAAGAUGAAUAUUGGAAGGAUGACGAUAAGAAUCUUGCCAAGAAACAGCAGAAAAAGGAAGAGCAGGAGAAAAAGAAACAAGAAUUGUUAGCGAAGAAGGCUCUCAACAAACAGCUGGCAGAAGAAGAGUUGAAAAGCAUUCAAGUCGGUGGAAAGCAAUCAGCCUCCAAAGUGACUAGAGCACAAAUUGUUUCGGAAACUGAGAAACGAAACCAGGUAGCUAUGAAAGCCAAGCCUCAAGUGGAAACUCACCUCAGCAAGCCACUUGAGGAGAAUAUCAACAGACUUACUAUUGAAGGUGAAGAGGCGAGGACUGUCACUGAGGCUAUUAGUAUUCUAAGUACAAAAGAUGCAGAGGUUGACUUACAUCCAGAGCGGAGAAUGAAGGCAGCCUACAACGCGUUCCACGACGCCAACAUCAAUAGAAUAAAACUCGAAAAUCCAACAAUGCGCAUGUCUCAAUGGAAACAACUUCUAUGGAAAGAAUGGCUCAAAUCACCCGAGAACCCUACCAAUCAAAGGAAUUAGAAAAUACUUUUUGUAAUAAUUGCACGAAUAUAUUUCAACUUGUGUAAAUUUUUCAGGACUUGAAAGCCAGAAUAUUAGUGUAAAGCACACUUGAAACAGGGGCAUUAUAGACAUCCGCACGAAUAUAGUCCGACGUUCAACGUUACCAAAUAAGAGUUGGUCAGCAUUGUCAAUAGCUAAUUAUGAUUGAGAACUCAUUAAUAUGUUUAUAAUACACCUGACGAACUGGCAACGUCUAUGGUUUUGAGUUUGGGGGGGGGCGUGAGGAGGUACUCACUUGUUCCAAUUUCCAUCGGAUUAUUUUCGUGCGGUUCACUACAGCUGCUACGGGAUCGCGGAAUUAGAGAUGUCAAGAACUCAAAUGUACAUGGUAUCUCCGACUCCGUGUUCCCAUGACAGCUAGUGGACAGCUAGUUGACACUACUAUUGUCCCUGAGUGCAGGCUGCUUUAUGGAGAUAUUUUCGAUGAUAUAGAUUCCAAUGGCCAUUUCUAUAAAAUACUUAAUAACAUUCUUAGCACGUUUGGUUGUCUGCCAAUUAGCUACUAGAUUUCAUAUUAUUAGUAGCUGAGCAACCAAAGUGUGCUUCAUUGAGAACGUAUUGAAGAAUCGUUUAUAAAUAAUAAGGCCUAAAUCCAUCAUCCUUAAGCAAAUAAUGCAUCUUAUACUAUAUAAAAAUCCAUGUAUUUGAUUUUUCAUGGAAAUUAUUUGUUGGAUUCAGAAUACAUUGUACUUACCUUUUGAGUGGAGUCCCAUCUAAAUUUGAAAAUAGAUGCCUAAAGUUAUCUUAUGUCACUUCUAAGGAGGUACCAGGAAGUCGUGGUAUUAAUCGAAAUAUUGAUUUAUAUGAACUAUAACGACACGUUGUGCUCUUAAAAUACUAAUAAAAGGCUACUAUUUCAUCUGCUUAGAAAUAUAACUAAUAUAAUAUAAUCAAAUUUUCUCAAGUUGAACCAAACUUAAAUUAGAGAAAUCAAAUCACAAAAUAGUUUUGGAUUUUGGAUCAAAAACAGUUUUUUUGUUGAGAAUUAUUCAGUCAUCUCCUCUCUUCUUACUGGCUUUCAAAUGCUUGAAAAAAAAAAAUUAAGCUGUCAACUAUUUAUAUGAAGAAGUAAUUGUUUUGUUAAAAUUUAUACUGUAGGGAAUAUAUUGUGAUCAAUAAUAUAGUUUUAAACAAAGUGAUUUCAAUUGAGAAGUAUAGUGAUAUACACUUUGAAGAGUCAGCAUUGCUCGAAUGGAAGGGAUUGAUAUCAUAUAAUGAGGGAACGCUGACUGUAUAAAGUGAUUCUCACUACAGUGAUUCUCCCAAUGUACUGAGGUCAUUGGAACUUUUGAACAAAUCAGAUUGUGUUUUACAAUGUUCAUUUUGUUUGAAUCUUGACUAGAGAUGGUAGUCUAUUGUAUGAAUUCUAUUUAUUUAAUUAUAAUUAAAUUCUAAUUA